AUGGCCUGUCCCGCAAAAGAAUUACCCGAUGGCCAUGGAAGCGUCUAUAAGGAGGUACGCUUUUCGCCGACCGCAACACCUAUACGCCGCACAAAAUCAGUCUCAGGAACUGCCCCCUCGGCCAAGACAAAAAAUUACCAGACAAAGAGCUCAUGCGUUCCCGAAAGGACCCCAAUAAUCUUGGAUUCAUCCUAUAUUGAUCAGUCGCGAGCCCUGCUGGACCGUCAACGAGCCCACUUUGAGGAGGAAAGGAAACUCUUUGCAGAGGAACGUCGGUUAUGGCAGAAGGAAAGGAUACUCUUGAGAACAAAGAUUACAGAACUAGAGUCGUUGUUGAAAGUGCAACAAGGCCAAACAAUUUCGCCAGACUCUGCAAAGCCGGCGUUUGGAUCGCUAUCAUAUCUAGGUUCUAAUGAAUCCGCCAUACACUCAGCACAAGUAUGGGAGGGUUCAAGCCCAGGUGGCCGACCGACAAGGGUCUUCCGUGGUGAGGAUGCUAUAGACCCUGCUCACAUGUCGCCGAUCAGUGAAAGGAGCAGUAGUAUCCCUCCAUCCCUAGACGCGGCACUUUCACCUCAAGCGGGGGCGGCGGACGCUGCCAGCGUGGCCGUUAGUGUACCAGUACCUAUCGAGAAGCUUGAUAGCAGACUCGAUGGAAUUAUACUCAAAUCCACCGCACUACCACCUGGGGUUGUUGCUCGAGUGAUCACCCCGCCCUCUCCGUCGCCCCUGGAGACCUCCUCGGAAGCCCCUUCAGCCGCUGCAAGGUCGGACCAGGAACACCGAAACAGUCUUAAGUUGAAGCUGUCAGAACUGGGCCCACCUAAUGAAAAUCUGGUCCGGAAUGCGGGCCACACUCCAAUGGCGAUCAUCGAGGCCGACGUUAGCCAACGGUCUACCAAGGAGCCUUCUCCCAUCGAGGAGAUGGAGGAGCCCCCGUGCGACGAAGAAGCCCCUCUCGCCCCCGUGGCAACGACCGUGCAUCAACCCACCGAGAACAGGAUCUCCUAUUUCCCCGAUCUACCUGAAGAUCCAGCCCUGAAGGGGCCCCUGGGUCUCAUUAACGACGAGGAGCACGACAAUAGUUUCCUAAGUGAAUUAGACCAGAAGCUCCUAGACCAGGCGAGGCGGAUUCUGUCUCCUGCAUCAGACUCUGGGAAAAUUGAUGAAGACGAAGGCGACGCUGAGCUACCUACCAAGGGGGAGCAGGAACCGGAAAUCAAAUUCAGGAAGUCAACGAAUUUCGGCACGGCCUUUGGAAUAUCAAGCUAUGGAAAUUUCUAA